CUCGGCUGCGUGCGUAAGGGCCGAGCCUUCGCCGCCCGGCGGAGAGAGCUGGGUUUUCGUCGUGUAAAAGAAAGGCUUCGAGAGUCUCGUCCGCCAGCCUCGAGGCGGGCGGGCGAGUGUGCGGCUCUGGGUUACGGUUCGCGCUCUUUGACUGCUGAACUCGGCCGCGGAUGCGCCUCUCGGUGGCCGAAAGCCCGCCCUGCUGCUGCCGCCGCGUGCGUGGCCGGGGGCUGUGGGCAGGCCUGGUGCUAAGCAGCGCGCGGGAGCCGUGCCCGCCGGCUCAACUGCAGACCAACGCGCGUUUCUGAAAGUAACUGAAUGGUCAAACCUUAGAAACAGCAACUCCUUUCUCUGGACUUUCAGUCGGUCUUCGAGCAGUGCCUGUACUGUUACGUUAGAAGCGUGUUGCUAUCGUACCGCGACAACGUCCAAACUGCUCUUCAGACAGAAUCAGAGCGAAAGUGAAAAAUGGCAAGGAGGAAGUGAUUUUGACUUGCAAAAAGCUUAUCGAAGUACUAUGGAUAAGAACUUUGAAGGAAAGCAGUUUACUGGAGUGAUUAAAUUCACACCACCAUUAUACAAACAACGUUACAAUUUUGUUAAAGAUUUAGUGGAGAAAUACAAACCAAAAAAGGUGGCAGAUUUAGGAUGUGCUGACUGUACGCUUCUCUGGAUGCUGAAAUUCUGUGGUUGCAUUGAAGUGUUAGCUGGGCUAGAUAUCUGUGCAACUGUGAUGAAAGAGAAAAUGCAUAGGUUGUCUCCUCUUCCUGCGGAUUAUUUGGAGCCAUCUGAAAGAUCCCUAACUGUGACUUUGCAUCAAGGUUCAGUUGCUCAUAAAGAUCCCUGCAUGCUUGGUUUUGACUUGGUAACUUGCAUCGAGCUAAUAGAGCACCUGGAAGAAUCAGAACUAGAGAAAUUUCCUGAAGUGGUGUUUGGUUUCAUGGCUCCAACCAUGGUUGCGAUCAGUACUCCUAAUUCAGAAUUUAACCCGUUGCUUCCAGGAGUGAUGGCUUUCAGGCAUCCAGACCACAAAUUUGAAUGGGACAGAGCACAGUUUCAAAGUUGGGCUCGAGAUACUGCUAAACGCUAUGAUUACUCAGUGGAAUUCACGGGUGUAGGGAACCCCCCAGCGGGAAUGGAGGAUGUUGGGUUCUGUACCCAAAUAGGUGUGUUUAUUAAGAAAUACCCUCAAACUAGUGAACCUGUGCAGUGUGAGAAACCCACUGAAGCAGCUUACAAAACCGUCUUCAAAGCAGUGUAUCCAAGCCUUAAAGAUGAGAAGUACCUGCAGAAUGCAGUGGUCAGUGAAGUUAUGUUCAGAGCGCAAAUCAUUAUGCGAAGUCUGCUGCACCAUUUACUGUCAGAAUAUGAAGAAUAUAAUGAUGAUCCUACAGAGAGAAAAUUGAAACUCCAAUGUUCAGUGAACUGUUUUUCAGAAGAUUUUGAAACACUGGCUGUUGAAAAAAGCAUGGAGCCAUUUGUCAGUGGAAAUGUGGUUUAUAUACCCCUCAGAAAAAUUUUUUCUUUUCCCAAAGUAAAUGAACUUUGUGGCACUUUUGAGAAGUUUUGCAGGCUUAUUACUGGGAAAAUAUCAAGACAGACUACAGAUGUUUGGCCGUAUCUGUUUGGUGUUCCCUAGCACAUGUAUGUGUACUGAAAUCGAAGGAUAUACUGCUUAUCAUAUACAGCAGACCUAUUUGGAAUAGAUAAAUUUGAAUUGAAACUGCUGUUUUUUACUAAAAUAAGUGAAACAGUUUUGUGUGCCAGCUUUCCAGGUUUCCAUUUGCUUAAAUCAGCAUUAAAGUCUUCUUUAAAGUAUUGAAUUAAUGGUCUUUUCAUGAGGUGAAGCCCUUCCACAGGACUCACCAUGCACAGCUCUUCACUGUCAGGUUGGUCUUUUGAUUAUUAUGUAUUCACAGUGUCACAUUCAGACUUGACAUUUGAAAGGGGUGAACGUGAAUUCUGCUGUCUGGAAUCAGGACGAUGAAAAUAAGUUUAUGAAAAAUAGAUGUUUUAAGUUGCAUGUGGUAAUAUUACUGACCAGGAGAUGGCACAUGCAUCUUGAAACAUAGCAACUUAGGUUGUUCAAGCAACAUAGCAACUUUAGGUUGUUGCUGCUAUUUUGAUAAAAGAUCCUGAAGUUAGAAAUACCUGUUAGUGUCACGAGGAUUGUAGAAAAAAUAACUAGCAAGUACAGUAAUGAACAUGUUAUUGCUUUGGCAGGAAAAAAAAAAAACAAGUUGGUGAAAGCAACUUGAGAUAAUGGUGCAAUUUUGUGUUACUUAGGUGUAAAAGUGAAUAAAAGUUAACAGAAGCCCAAGAAGUUCUGUGAAACAGCCACAUUCAGUGUUGAGAAAGAGCUUAAAUGAGAUCAGACGCAGGAGUGUUCAGUGCAUUUCGGCAUCAAAAUCAAAGCAGAAAGUGGAGAAAGCACACAGGAAAAAAAGGUAGAAAAGGAAGCCAAGACAGGAAAAAAAUACAAUGGAGUAUUCAAUAUAAAGGAAAUAACGUGACAGGUACUGAACAAAUUAGUAGGGAUUGAUUUUGGUCAGAAUAGCUGAACAGAAUGGUUUUGAUCAGUGUUUCAGAUGCAGAGUGAGCAAGUACGGUAAGUAAAUUAUAAAAAUAUUCAAUUAUUUAGAAACAAAACAAAAACGGAGUGCCUAAUUCAGUGAGCCUGAAGGAGUUAAUUGUCCGUCUCCCCAGAGCUUUUUUAAACAGGUAGCAGAGCUAAUAAACUUAUGAUCUGUUCAAGUCCUGUCACAGGCAGGCUUGUAAGGUGUAAGGCUCUAUGUCGUGCUUGUUUCCAUUAUUUUGAUUAACGAGGUUUUGACCAUUACGCUGGAUUAUGUGCUAUCAUGGUUAGUCGUUGGUACUUUUAUGUUGUGUUUUUUUUUUCUUCUAUUUAAGUUGAAUAGAAGAAACGCAGCCUUCAGAAAGAGCUUCUGAAAUGACAGAAAAAUUCUCGUGCAAAGUCUUGGCAUUUGCUUCCUAAUCUAUGAAACAAACGCAUUUUAUGCAGUACUGUAAGCAAGCAAUUUGCUUGGAACGUUGCCAAAAUCAAAUGCACCGGUACUAGCAUAUACUUAAAUGAAGGUACCAGGGGAACAUUAGUAGAUCAAAAGAGAAGGCAAUAGGAAAAAAAAAAAAAAACAGCCACCCAAAGUAGUGCCACAUUU